UGCGGUCACAUUAUCAGUUUGCGGUCAUAAAAAUGUUUUGAAUUUGUUUAUUUAAUUAUUUUUUAAGAUGUAUGCCUUGCGGGACCUUAAUAAUUGCUCAAAUAUCGGCAACAGCUUCGGCUUUGUGUGCAGGACCCUGAAAAAGCAAUGUGGAAUCCAGCAAUUGGGAUCUUUGGAGAAAUUCGAGUUUGUGGAGCUUCUUAAGUUGUUAAAUGCCAAGGAAAGGCUAUUGGCCUCCAAGUUCUUUUGCCAGUUGCCCGCCAAUGUGGGCAGUUUCCGCGUCCUACUCCAGCUCCAGCAGCUCGGCAUACUCACCGCCUCUGAGUAUAUACUUAGCAAGGAGCACUCGGAGCAGCUGCAAGUGGACUUGAUCAUUUUUCUGGAAUCCGAAUUCGAGCUGCUCACAAAUGUCUUUAUUUCCGCGGCAUAUGAUGUCGAGUGCGGUGUAAAGUUGACCUCAAUCCUAACAGCUGCCCUGGGCAAUCUCUAUGCCGGUCUGGUGAACAAUCCAAAAAUAAGUAAUUUGGGCUAUGUAGAACCCUUGCGGCGAGAUCUUCCAGCUGAUGCCCUAAGUGUCUGCAGAAAUAUGCAUUUAAGUACCCUGAUGGAACUGCACCGUUCAGAGGAUAUCACAGAGGCCUUUGCAAAAUUCAGUGGCUGGAUUAACGAGGGCGUUGAUGAACUAACUUUUGUGAAGCAUCUCUGCGAUAAGCUCUUUGCCUGCCAUCACCAGGAAGCUCUUCAAUUUCUUUUCAAGCAGUCGAACAUGGAAAAUUUCAAGGAAUGGAAGUUCUAUUUGAUUCUAGUGCAGUCCAUUGCCAGCGCUGCCAACUCGGAAACUUCAGCAUUUAUUAGAAAACAUUUAAAAAACCGCCUCCUGCAAACCGCCUCUUCAGGCUGCCUGAAAUCUUUGCUGCACUUGCUGUUAACAGCGCGGGCUGCUACUGCCACUACCAUGUGUAUUCUGACAAAUUUAGACAACUACGCCAAGUGGUAUAAGCAGAAUAUUGGCGAAAUGACAUACAUCCUGGGUACGGACAAAUUCCAGGUCAUGUUGGGACUACUGGAAGAGUCUUUGCAAUACGAAAGAGAGCUGCAAUACCUUGAGAUUCAUGUGACAAUAGCCAUUUCACCUGGCGGACGACUCGUUCAGGCCUACAAAACCAAGUGCCGUGCAUAUGCAUCGCAAUUGAAAGCGGAAGCCAAGAAAAAACCGCUAAGAGAAAGUAAUACCAACUAGAUAGGGGUUAUCUUCUUUCUUGGGGACAAUUAAAGGAUAGGAAAGACACAAUUACGAGCUGCUGUUUGCUUUCUCUACCUGAUUAAGUCCUGCAAAUGAAUUUCUUGUUCAACUCGCAGAAUUAAAUCGGUGGACCCAGGUGCCAUAUACUCCAGUGGUACGUUCUUGAAUAGAUACUUAAAGGAGCUCUUAUUAAUUAAUUUUAUCAGCAUCAGAAAUGUAGCAAAAAGUGUGUUUUGUUUUAAAAACAGUACACAUCUUUGUAAGCUGGCCUAUUUAAGUGCGAAAAUUGAUUUGCAGGGAUAAUUUAGAUUCGUUUAAGUGAAUUAAUCUCUUUAUUUAUGGUGGUUCUUGUUAAAUGUAUACCUUUUCUUCGUGUUUUGGUUUAGAGCCUUAAAGAUAAUUAAGUGGGUAGUAUUUAUUUACGUUUAUUAUGCUCUCUGCUCACAGCAAAUAGUAAUAAAAUUUUAAAAUUUAA